AUGGCAGCCUCACAACCAACCGCCAACAACACCGAGAACAUGGCCCCGACACCAGCAUCCAGCGACCAAGCAGUCGUCUGCGUCUUCUGCGGCGCCUCUCCCGGCACUUCACCCGCGCACAUGGAUGCCGCCCGCGCCCUCGCCAACACCUUCCACAAGAACAACAUCAAGCUCGUCUACGGCGGCGGUACCGUAGGCAUCAUGGGCGAACUCGCAAAGACCCUCGUCUCCCUCUCCGGCCCUCAAGCGGUCCACGGCAUCAUCCCCUCCGCCCUCCUCCGCUACGAGCGCAAACCCGACUCCACGACCAACGGCGACGCCGCGACAAACAUGCCCGACGAAUCCGUCUACGGCCGCACGACCGUGGUCCCAGACAUGCACACGCGCAAGCAGACCAUGGCGUCCGAGGUAAUCUCUGGGGGCACAGGGAGCGGUUUCGUUGCGUUGAGUGGGGGGUACGGCACGCUAGAAGAGCUAAUGGAGGUGGUGACGUGGAACCAGCUGGGGAUACACGCACGGCCGGUGGUGGUGUUUAACGUGGAAGGAUAUUGGGACGGGCUGUUGCAGUGGGUGAAGAAGGCGGUGGAGAGUGGGUUUAUUGGGGAGGGGAAUAAGGGGAUUAUGGUGGAGGCGAAGGAGGCGGGGCAGGUGAUUGAGAGGUUGGGGGAUUAUGAGACGGCGGAAGGGAGGUUCAAGUUGCAGUGGGGGGAGAAGUGA